AUGUGUAGUUACACCACUCUGGACUUUAUUGAACUGUAUAAAAACACGCAGCCACUGUUUGAUGCUCCACAAGGCGAUUUGAGUGCCUAUUACAUGAGUAUCGAGGAGUCGUUUGACGCCGUGCUGGAACUGCUGAGCUUUCAGUUUGAUGACAACCAGCCCGAAAUUUCCGACUUUGUAAACAACCUCUAUAUGCUCGUGGAAAAACUGGUACCCAAGAAGAAUUGCUUGGAGGUGGUGUCGCCUCCCAGUGCUGGCAAGAACUUUUUCUUUGACGCUGUGCUUUCCUUUUAUAUUAACAGAGGAACCAUCCGCAACUUUAACCGCUAUUCCAACUUUCCUCUACAAGACACUGUAGGGCGUCGCAUACUGGUGUGGAACGAGCCAAACUGCGAGUCGUCUGCCUUUGACACGGUCAAGAAAAUCUUUGGCGGAGACGUGGACUCUGUGGCUGUCAAGUACUCUCCCGACCAGACCAUUUCGAGAACGCCCGUCAUUGUGCUGUCGAACAACGAGGUGUUUCCGGACGACGAUGCCUUUAAUCACCGCAUGUUUCGCUACAAGUGGAAAUCUUGCCCCUUGCUCAAGCGCCACGACAAGAAGGUGCACCCCAUGUCUCUUGUAAUGCUGUACGACAAGUAUGUACUCGACGCCGACUAUAUAACUGCACGUCAGCACCAAUAAACUUUAC